CCCAAAAUCCAAAGCCAAACCAAAACAAAGUGAAGAAAGAAAAAGUUGCAGGACCAUGGUAUUCACCUCCAACCCAUUAUCUCUCAGCGUCCCAGACCCUUUCUUCGAGUCAUGGCUCCGCGAAAAUGGCUACCCAGAAAUCAUUGACCAGCAUACCUCUACUGCCAUCACCACCUCUACAACCACAACCACAGACGCAAGCUCAAUCACAAACGGCUUCUUCAUCUCACUCUUCUCUCGCAUAUUCACCCUCCUCUCUCUCUUCACCAUCAACCCCUUCUCCAAGCUCACCAAUGAAGACCUUGCUGCCCAAACGCCUCCUUGGACCACUAUCUUUAUUGGGUCUUCUGACUCCUACUCCUUCCCCUUGUCUGUUUCUCAGGCUCGCAUGAGGGUCCAAGAGAAUGUCAAGCGCUAUGCCAGAAAUUAUGCUACUUUGCUUGUGCUCUUCUUUGCUUGCUCUUUAUAUCAGAUGCCCCUGGCCCUUGUUGGAUUGAUAUCUUGUUUGGCACUAUGGGAUGUUUUUAAGUUCUGUAGUGAAAGGUGGGGAUUGGAUCGAUACCCAAUAAUUCGGGAGUGCUUAAUUCGUGUUGCUCAAUGUGUAGCUGCUGUUAUCCUGAUAUGCUCGAAUGUUCAAAUGGCUCUCUUCUAUGCUCUUGGUGUUAGUUAUGCAGGCAUGAUUCUGCAUGCUGGAUUUCGGAAGCUGGCUCGUGCAAAGCAAACUCCUCAUGGUAGAUCGAAAUAGCAGUUAACACCCCAAGGUAGUCAAAUACUCAUGAGCUAUAUCAACUUUGAUCCCAUCACGUCUCCAACUCCUGUCCUGAACAACCAUGAAGCAGGGAAAACAGAAAAAAAGGCAUAUAAUUCCCUCAUCUGUGAUUUCAUGGCUGACCUCCCCAUCGUGUCAAAGCAGAUGCCUGUUGUUUUGCCUGCACGCUAAACACUCCAGGAAAUGAUGCAGUGAUAGUUGUAUGCUUAUAUAAUAGUGUUUUCAGUACAUAAUGUAACUACUUUAUUUUAAUGAUAUGAUGAGUUUAUUGUUUUUGAA